AUUUUUCAACCCGGUACAUGACACAUGUGCUUGCAGUACAGAUGUGCAUUUGUUUCUGGUAUUAAUUAGAGUCCAUUUUUCAACAGUUUUUGAAAUUUGUAGUAAAUACAUACAGCACAGCAAUGAGAGCAAUAGUUCAAAGAGUAACAAAGGCAAGUGUUACAGUUGGCGAUGAGUUGAUAAGCUCCAUUGGGAAAGGAUUAUGUGUCCUGGUCGGUAUUUCCCGAGAUGACACGCCGAAAGACAGGGAAUACAUAGCCAGGAAGCUUCUGAGUCUCCGAGUGUUUGAGGACGACAAAGACAAGAAAUGGGACAAGAGCGUGAUGGACAAGCAACUGGAAAUGCUGUGUGUUAGUCAAUUUACAUUGUACUCGAUCCUGAAGGGCAACAAGCCUGAUUUCCACUCGGCUAUGGCCGGAGAUCAAUCCCAGCAAUUCUACGAAGACUUCCUGGACAUCUUACGCAAAGAUUACAAGCCGGAACUCAUCAAAGAUGGCAAGUUUGGUGCCUACAUGCAAGUCCACAUUCAAAACGACGGCCCAGUCACAAUCAUGCUGGAAUCACCCUGUGAAUCGACCAGAGGCGUGAAGGCCCCGCUCACACCCAUACCAAGGACUGCCAGACAGUCCGGCUCUGCAACACCAAUCGCCAGGGUUAAAGGUCAGCAGCAGGACAAGGUGAAGGACAAAGCCUGCCGUUAUGUCACCACUCUCACCACAGAGUUCGAAGGUCAAGGUGGUGUCCAUCAAGAAUUCAAGAACACGCUCACCAAGUACAGAGACAGCCAACUCAGUACAGCGGAGUUGAUGCAUCGCGUCGGUACCCUCUUCACCGGUCACACGCGGCUCAUAUGCAGCUUCACAGCAUUGCUCCCGACCGGCCACAGCAUGUCCAUCAUGAAUAACGACCCCAGUCAGGUCAGAGUUCACAUACCGGGUCAGAGGAACAUGUCACUGGAGGAGGUCAAGCAACACAUAGAGCAAACCCAGGGUGAGAGCAGUAGCCUAUCAGAGCAAGGCGAUCCGGGCAGGAGGGAUACACCACUGCUGGACGAAGUCAUAUCCCAGCUGGAAAAGCUGUCUACAUGAUGUCAACAGAAAAAUAAGAGUAACUCCGACAAGUUGCAAGUACUGAUUUAUUAAGCAUCUUUGGUCGCUUUUAAAAAGUGGGUUUGCGCAUGGUAUUAAUGACAAUUUGUAAUAAGUGCAAAAUAUACUAUGGUACUUGUGCUCUAUUUAUUUUUCUUAUUUAAAAAUGUUUGCAAAUGCAUGGGAAAACAUAGGCGUAGCCAGCGGGGGGUUAAGGGGGGGGGGGUAUUUACCUCCCAAUAUAUUGUAAAGGCUGCACUUUCCUUUCAAAUGCCCUUUAUACUUCAGCGCUUUAUCCCCCCCCCCCAAUAUUUGUGAAGAGUGCCCUUCUUUUGUUAACAAGACAAACAAGUGCCCUUUUUGUUCAGAACAAGUGCCCUUUAAGAAAAAGUUGUGCCCUUUUUGUGCCAGCGGCCUUUACGAGUGCCUUUUUAAAAAUUGUGCGCAUGUAUCGCCCUGAAAAGUGCCAUAUAUUGU